AUGAACGGGUUACAGACAACAAGAAUGGAACUUGGUUCAGCCUCUGCUUCUUCUUCUUCUUCAUCUACUUCUGGUGGGUCAGAAUCACUCAAUGGCUUCAAGUUUGGCAAGAAAAUCUACUUUGAAGAUGUAGGGGUUGGAGUGCAGGACAAAUUUGGUGGUGGGCCGCCUUCACUGCCGCCCAAGGCCACCGGACUACCUCCCCCAUCACCUGCCAAGAAGAGGAGAAGAAGCAUGGUGCAAAGUGGCCAGCCACCAAGGUGCCAAGUGGAAGGGUGUGAGGCAGAUCUGAGUGGUGCUAAGGCUAACUAUUCAAGGCACAAAAUGUGUGGUACGCACUCCAAGUCCCCAAAGGUCAUUGUUGCAGGCCUUGAGCAAAGGUACCAUAUUGAUGGAAAUCAAGAUAGGAAUAAAGAAGGAGUUAUAGCAAAGCCAUAUCCAAGUAAAAUCACAAUGAGAAUGCUAAAAUGCUACAAGCAGGCUGGACCGAAUAAACACUAUACUAAUGUUAGCACAAAGUUUGUACAGAAACGCACUUAUCUCCAGAAGAAGCACUCUCCUAACAACUACAGAAGCAUCCACUUAAACAAGAUAAUAAUACAGAAAGGAAGUGAUAUGCCAGAGAUCGGAGAGGCUAUAGGUGACCGUCAGCGGCAAGAUAUAACUGAAACGCAGAUUUCCAAAAUCUUCAAAGCUGAUAACUCGACGCAGCAACAACGACCGAUCUCCUCGAUGAUCGAUGACGGCGAUUUGGCCAAACAAUAA